AUGGCUGAGUACUUGGUUCUUGGUCAAAUGCGCGAAGUAUCGAAUUCGAGCCUAGCGAAGUGUUUUCUUCCUCAUCAUGGAGUUUUGAAGACCAAUACGCCAACUCGUAAGCUGCGAGUUGUCUUUAAUGGCUCUGCUAGGAACAGAGGUGGUCUGUCUUUGAACUCCUUACUCCACACAGGUCCAAAUCUCCUGUUAACUCUUUUCGAGCUGAUUCUCAGGUGGCGUUUUUAUAAGUUUGUCUUUACCACCGACGUAGAAAAGAUGUUCCGGCAGAUUCCAGUUCAUCCAGACGAUCAAACUUUUCAAGCGAUCCUUUGGAGACCUGCCGUCUCUUCUCCGAUCAAAACCUACUUCCUUACUACCAUCACUUAUGGUCUCGCGUGUUCCCCAUUCCUGGCGACUCGUGUCUUACGCCAACUUGCCUCUGAGCAUGCUGAAUCGCAUCCUAGAGCUUCCAGGAUUCUUCGCGAAGAAUUUUACGUAGAUGACUGUUUGUCAGGCGGUCAUUCGGUGGAGGAGGCCUCAAUAAAAUGUGAGGAACUCACGAAACUGGCACGAUUAGGUGGAUUUCCUCUUCGCAAAUGGUCCUCUAACUCGCCGCAGGCUUUGGCUAGCGUCCCUCUUGACCAUCGAGUCGACCAGCCAAAGACUUUGCAAGAAAACCCAGAAGCCAUUUCAGUCCUUGGAUUGUCUUGGGACCCCCAGACUGAUGAAUUUGCUUUCAAAUUCAUGGUUGAUGAGUUUCCUAAUCUCUGGACCAAGAGAACCUUGUUCGCCCAGACUGCCCGGUUCUUCGAUCCUUUGGGCUGGUUCUCAUUGGUGAUAAUAGUUCCAAAGAUGUUGCUACAAUCACUGUGGUUGCUUAAAAUUUCGUGGGACACGCCCCUUCCAGACUCAGUUGUUGAACCUUGGGUCAGGUGGUUGAGUGAGAUUCCUCAACUCAAUCAAGUGAGGAUUCCCCGUUGGAAAUUUUAUUCCCCUAGUAUCCGGUUAGAGAUAUAUGGAUUCGCUGAUGCGUCUAAGUCAGCCUACGCCGCUGUCGUCUGCACCCGCGUGGUUGUAGAAAAUGUUGUUCACGUGUCGCUUCAAAUAGCCAAGACUCGAGUUGCCCCCCUUAAGGUGCUGAGCAUUCCUCAGCUUGAGUUGUGCGGUGCACAUCUACUGGCUAAAGUCGUAAGACACUUUACUGAUAGCUGUCCUUGUGAUGGAGUUCCCAUCCACCUGAAGACGGAUUCUCUUAAUGUCCUCCACUGGCUUAACGCUCCGCCGUCAAAGUGGCCGGUCUUCGUAGCCAACCGUCCUGCGUUUCACUUAUCGAUGUCUUGCUUGACUACCAUUGAGUUAGAAUCGGCGUCUCUGCUUUUGAUCUUUGAUCAUCAACAGCGUCAUUUUGCUCAUGACAUUGCCGUCUUGAAACGCAACGCUAAUCUGCUCAUUAGUCAACAGGAGCAUCUUCCUGCCUCGAGCCGUUUGCGUAAGCUCGCUCCUUUUUUCUCUGAUGGAUUGUUACGAGUUGGAGGUAGGCUAAGUAACGCUUUGCUCGACUCUAACGCGAAACACCCACUAAUCUUGUUUGGUAGAGAUUCUCUCACCCUGUUACUUGUUAAACGCUAUCAUCUUCUUACUCUUCACGGUGGUACCCAAAUAACUUUGACCGCUCUUCGUCGAAAGUACUGGGUACUAAAUGGUCGUCAGAUUGUAAGUUCUGUGCUGUCUCACUGCUUGACCUGUCGCCGGUAUGCUGCACAGCCACAAACGCAGUUGAUGGCAGAUCUACCAGCUGCAAGAGUAACUCCCUCACCAGCAUUUCUAAGAACUGGUGUGGAUUACGCCAGUCCUUUCCCUGUUCGUUUAGCAAAGCACCGCGGGAGAGGCACCCUUAAGGACUACGUUGCGGUCUUUAUUUGUAUGGUCACGAGAGCUGUACAUCUGGAGGUCGUCGAGGACUACACUGCCGACUCUUUUAUAGCGGCCUUCCUACGUUUUACGUCUCGUCGUGGCCAGUGCUCCGAUCUCUAUAGUGAUCGAGGCACUAACUUUGUGGGGGCUGAUCGAGAGAUGAGCAAAAUGUUGAUGGAUCGUCAUAAAAACGUCUCCUUUGCCGAUGCUCUCUGCACCCUUGGAACGCAAUGGCACUUCAACCCCCCUCAACCCCCCCAUUUUGGUGGUUUAUGGGAGGCUGCAGUCAAAUUGACGAGAUUCCACCUUAAGAGAGUCAUCGGAAACCAA